GUAAGAAGAGAAACAUUAGUGGCUUUGGCUUGGCUUAUCUUGUUUUGUCUUGUUAUUAGCCUUCGCGAAUUCGCGCGUGGACCGAGUGGAGGUGAUCAUGGAAUCUCCGUUCAAGCCUGAUGUCCUCAAAGGCAAGGUUGCUCUCAUCACGGGAGGCGGAUCCGGCAUCGGUUUCGAGAUCUCCACUCAGUUCGGGAAACAUGGAGCUUCCAUCGCCAUCAUGGGCCGCCGUAAACAAGUCCUCGACGCCGCCGUCUCCGACCUCCGAUCUCUCGGGAUUCCGGCUAUUGGAUUGGAAGGUGAUGUUCGUAAGCCAGAGGAUGCGAAGAGAGUCGUGGAAUCUACUUAUCAGCACUUCGGUAGGAUUGAUAUUCUCAUUAACGCAGCCGCCGGAAAUUUUCUCUCGGCGGCUGAGGAUUUGUCCACCAAUGGCUUCCGUACAGUUUUAGAUAUUGAUGCAGUAGGAACGUUCAACAUGUGCCAUGAAGCACUCAAGUAUCUUAAGAAAGGAGGGCCUGGGAGAGACUCAUCAAGCGGAGGCGGUUCGAUCAUCAACAUAAGCGCUACUUUGCACUAUACUGCUUCUUGGUACCAAAUACAUGUUUCUGCGGCCAAGGCAGCAGUUGAUGCUACGACAAGGAACUUGGCAUUGGAAUGGGGAACUGACUACGAGAUCAGAGUGAACGGGAUUGCGCCAGGCCCGAUAGGAGGCACGCCUGGAAUGAGUAAGCUUGUACCCGACGAGAUCCAAAACAAAACUCGAGAGUUGAUGCCUCUGUAUAAACUCGGUGAGAAGUGGGAUAUCGCCAUGGCUGCACUCUACCUCAGCGGUGAUACUGGGAAGUAUGUGAAUGGACUAACAAUGGUGGUAGAUGGAGGAUUGUGGCUUAGCAAACCUCGCCAUUUGGCAAAAGAAGCUGUGAAGGAACUAUCACGUGUUGUGGAGAAGAGGUCUAGGGCCAAGCCUGUUGGUCUGCCGACCAGCAAACUUUAAAGAGUGUUUGUGUUUCUCAUCUCAAACAUUAAGAGUGUCUUGUUGGGUUAUUUGAUUGUAUUACAUUGGAUACAAUACAAACAAAAUGGUGGUAUUGAGAUUCUGAAGGUUGAAACAUUCUUCUUUUUUUUUUGAACA